AUUUACGUUUUGUGUCGUUCGGCUGGCUGGUUGUGGACGUGUUUGUAUGCCAUUUUGCCAAGUUAUUUUUUUAAUAAGCUUUGUAAUUAUUGACGGAAGAGCCUUAUGCAUGGUAAACAAUUAAUAAUUAAACUCAAGAGAAGGUGCUGAACACCAGUCAAGAUGGCGGCCGAGAUUGAGCAGCUGGAGCACCUUUCGCUCGUCUCCAAGCUGUGCACCGAGCUGGACAACCACUUGGGCAUCAACGACAAGGACCUGGCCGAGUUUAUCAUCGCGCUGGCCGAGAAACACACCACGUUCGGCGCGUUCAAGCGCGUCCUGGAGCAGAAUGGCGCCGAGUUUCCCGACUCGUUGACGGCCAGCCUGCUGCGCAUCAUUCAGCUGAUGAAGCCACCUGCCUCCGGGACUGAGGACGGCAAGCAGGACGGCAAGCAGCAGCCGGACCCGUCCCGCACGCGCCAGGAGGAGCGCAAGGCGAUGGUGCCGGCGCUGGCCAUGAAAAACGACCCAGGCAUGCGCACCAUUCUCUUAGAUGAGAUUAAGAAGAAGGAAGAGGAAACCAAGAAGGAAGAAGAGGCGGCGGCGAAGAAGAAAGAGGCUGAUGCUCUAAUCGACGACGCAAUGGGGGCGCUGGAGAUGCUGGCGCCAUCGCGGCAGGCUGCAGUUGAAGCUUCCUCCGGUAGUCGGCGCCACAGUCGCAGCCGCAGCCCGGAGAAGCGCCGACGUCGCUCCCGUUCGCGGUCCCGAGACCGCUCACGGCGGGACCGGUCCCGUUCUCGCGACAGAGACCGCCACCGGGGAUCGCGCCGCUCCCGCUCCAGAGAUCGAAAACGAGACCGCUCGCGCUCCCGGGAGAGGCGGCGGGACCGCUCACGUUCCAGAGACCGCCGACGCGACAGGUCCCGCUCGCGAGACCGAGACCGAGACCGUCGGCGUGACCGGUCGCGCCGGGACCGGUCCGGUUCGCGUGAGCGCCGCCACAGCCGAGAGCGGCCCGAAAGAGUGGAACGUACUGACCGUCCCACAAUGGACGAGGAGCCCGUGGUUGGGAAGAUAUACAACGGCAAGGUGUCCAACAUCAUGAACUUUGGCUGUUUCGUGGCGAUCGAAGGCAUCAAACGGCGACUGGAGGGUCUUGUUCACAUCUCGCAGUUGCGUCGUGAGGGUCGCGUGGCCGACUGUAACGAGGUGGUGUCGCGCGGGCAGGCAGUGAAAGUCAAAGUCCUCUCGUUCACCGGCACCAAGACGGCGCUGUCGAUGAAGGAGGUGGACCAGCAGACCGGCGAGGACCUGAACCCGACCAUCGCAGUGCCCGUGGCCGACGACGGACUGCUGGCGCGCAACCCCGACCGGCCGACGGACGCCUCUCGCGGAGCGCCCUCGAUCGACGACGACGCCCUGAACGCAGUGCGGCGCGUGCAGCGCAUCUCGUCCCCGGAGCGCUGGGAGCUGAAGCAGAUGAUCGCUGCCAACGUGGUGGACAAAGCCGACUACCCUGAGUUUGACGAGGAGACGGGCGUCCUGCCGCGGGUGGACGAAGACGAUGCCGAGGUGGAGAUUGAACUGGUGGAAGACGAGCCGCCGUUCCUGAUGGGUCACGGUCGCGCGGCGGCCGACCUCAGCCCCGUGCGCAUCGUCAAGAACCCGGACGGGUCGCUGGCGCAGGCGGCGAUGAUGCAGGGCGCUCUCAGCAAGGAGCGCCGCGAGCAGAAGAUGCUACAGCGAGAGGCCGAGCAGGCGGCCGCCGCUCCCCAGGACAGGCCCAACUGGAACGACCCCAUGCCAGAGCAGGACGAGGCUGCGCGCGAGGCGAUGACCCGAGGGCCGGCGGGACCCAAUCUCGGACAGGAUCUGCCCGAGUGGAAGAAACACAUCACCUCAGGCGCUAAGGGAUCUUACGGCAAGAAGACCAACAUGAGCAUCCUCGAGCAGCGCCAGUCGCUGCCCAUCUACAAGCUGAAGCAGCAGCUGGUCAAGGCCAUCGCUGACAACCAGAUUCUGAUUGUGAUUGGCGAGACAGGCUCCGGAAAGACGACGCAGAUGACACAGUAUCUGGCCGAGUCUGGGUACGCGGUAAAGGGUCGAAUCGGCUGCACUCAGCCCCGUCGUGUGGCGGCCAUGUCGGUGGCCAAACGAGUGGCCGAAGAGUACGGUUGUAUGCUUGGCCAGGAAGUGGGCUACACAAUCCGUUUCGAAGACUGUACCAGCCCGGAAACGGUCAUCAAGUACAUGACAGAGGGUAUGCUUCUGAGAGAGUGUCUCAUCGAUCCGGACAUGUCCAGCUACGCCUGCAUUAUGUUGGACGAGGCUCACGAGCGGACAGUGCAGACAGAUGUCCUGUUUGGCCUCCUAAAGCAGACCAUCAAACGCCGGCCAGACAUGAAGCUGGUGGUCACCUCAGCCACGCUCGAUGCCGUCAAGUUCUCGCAGUAUUUCUUCGAGGCACCCAUCUUCACGAUUCCCGGUCGUACGUACCCGGUGGAAAUCCUGUACGCCAAGGAGCCUGAAACGGACUACCUGGAUGCGUCACUCAUCACCGUGAUGCACAUUCACCUGAACGAGCCUCCGGGCGACAUCCUGCUCUUCCUCACUGGUCAGGAGGAGAUCGACACGUCUUGUGAAAUUCUCUACGAGCGCAUGAAGUCGCUGGGCCCCGACGUGCCGGAGCUCAUCAUCCUGCCCGUGUACUCGUCGCUGCCGUCUGAGAUGCAGACUCGCAUCUUCGACCCGGCGCCGCCCGGAAGCCGCAAGGUCGUCAUCGCCACCAACAUCGCCGAGACGUCGCUCACGAUUGACGGCAUCUACUACGUGGUCGACCCCGGCUUCGUAAAGCAGAACGUGUACAACUCCAAGACGGGGAUGGACUCGCUGGUGGUGACGCCGAUCUCGCAGGCGCAGGCCAAGCAGCGCGCCGGACGAGCUGGUCGGACCGGACCCGGAAAGGCAUACCGGCUGUACACAGAGCGCGCCUACCGCGACGAGAUGCUCACCACCAACGUGCCCGAGAUUCAGCGGACCAACCUGGCCGCCACCGUGCUGCAGCUGAAGGCGAUGGGAAUCAACGACCUGAUCAGCUUCGACUUCAUGGACCCGCCCCCGAUGGAGACACUGGUGAUCGCUCUGGAGCAGUUGCAUUCACUUUCAGCGCUAGACGACGAAGGCCUGCUGACACGCUUCGGCAGGAGGAUGGCCGAGUUUCCGCUGGAGCCCAACCUCUCCAAGAUGCUCAUCAUGUCGGUGCAGUUGCAGUGCUCCGAUGAGAUCUUGACAAUCGUGUCGAUGCUCUCCGUACAGAACGUCUUCUAUCGACCCAAGGACAAGCAGCAGAUGGCCGAUCAGAAGAAAGCCAAGUUCAACCAACAGGAGGGCGACCAUCUGACCCUGCUUGCAGUCUACAACUCGUGGAAGAACAACAAGUUUAGCAACCCCUGGUGCUACGAGAACUUCGUGCAGAUCCGGACCCUGAAGCGCGCGCAGGACGUGCGGAAGCAGUUGAUGAGCAUCAUGGACAGACACAAGCUGGACGUCGUCAGCUGCGGAAAGAACGUGGCGCGUGUUCAGAAGGCUGUCUGCUCUGGGUUCUUCCGCAACGCCGCCAAGAAGGACCCGCAGGAGGGUUACCGCACGCUGGUCGACUCUCAGAACGUCUACAUCCACCCGUCGUCGGCUCUCUUCAACCGGCAACCGGAGUGGGUCAUCUACCACGAGGUGGUGCAAACGACCAAAGAGUACAUGCGCGAGGUGACCACCAUCGACCCCAAGUGGCUGGUGGAGUUCGCACCAUCCUUCUUCAAGGUGUCCGACCCGACCAAGCUGUCCAAGUUCAAGAAGAACCAGCGCCUCGAGCCGCUCUACAACAAGUAUGAGGAGGCUAACUCGUGGCGGAUAUCGCGUGUUCGUAGGAGACGGAACUAGACAUCUGCUGUAUGCGUGGCUGUGUCGUGUGGAAGUGUGGCCGUCCCAGGGGACUGCGUAUUAUGUCAACAUUUGUUAUUUGUCACAUUGUGCUUGGCGUCCAGUCACGCAAUCUCAUUGUGUCAUCAAGGUGUGUAUCUGUCACCUUUUUGAAAUGUCAUCAAAUAUAUGAUAAAUGUCA